AUGUCAUCUUUUGAAGCAUACAGCGAUCUGUUGAGACCUUGGUCUUGGUCGAAUAACUCACCGCCCACCACAGCCGAUCUAGGCAAGACAGAACUGCAUCAUGCAGACACCCAGAACAGCAGUACAAAUUGGUCCGUCUACAUUUACGCACUGUUGGCUGUAACACUGGUGUAUGGCUUGUACAACCUGUACAGAGCAGCUCUGCCCAAGCCAGUGCCCGGAAUUCCCUGCGACAAUGCCUCCCGCAAUCGCCUCAUGGGCGAUUUGCCAGAUGCCAUGAAGUGGAUGGGCGAGAGGAAAGAGUUUUGGUCUUUCAUGCAAGAAAGGUGUCGACAGCUCAACUCGCCGAUCGUGCAAGUGUGGAUGCAGCCUCUGGGCAGGCCGUUCAUCGUGAUCAGCGACUACCUCGAAUCACGAGAUAUCAUGGUGCGAAGGACACCGCAGCAGUUUGACCGAUCUGCUUGGCUGGGCGACAUGUUCUGGGCUAUCGCGCCGCGGAACAUGACGAGGUUCCUUACCAAUGACGACUGGAAAGUACAUCGACGGCUCAUGGCUGAUGCCAUGUCUCCUAACUUCCUGAAGAAUGUUGCGAGUCACCACGCUCACUCUGGCGCUUCUUCGCUCAUAGCACUAUGGAAGAGCAAGAUGGAUCUCGCGCAAGGCCACGCAUUCAGUGUCCUUGAGGACGUCUGCAAAGCCGGAAUGGACACUAUGUGGGCGUCAACGCUCGGCGACGAGAUCAGCACAACAUCAAGCCAAGUGAAGCUGAUCUCCGGUCUCAAGAGCAUCCCACUACCUGCAUCAAAGGACAUCGCGGCCGAGUUUCCCGAAGCUGAAGACCCAGAAGCUUUCACCGCACUUCUAGCACUUGGCGACAGUGUUGUAUACGCCGCAUCGUCACCAUUUCCAAAGAUCACGCACUGGUUGGCCGUCCACUUGGUAUCCUCCCUCCGCAAGUCGAUGAGACUCAAAGGCACGCUCUUCUCCGGCCUCCUCAACUCAGCUGCCAGGAAAUUCGCAACCUCGCAGGACGAAAGCAGAGUCAAGCACGUACUCGACCUUGUCGUCCAACGCGAGGUCUCUCUAGCCAAGAAGGAAGGACGACAGCCGGUCUUUGAUACCCAAGACAUUCGAGAUGAGCUCUUCGGGUUCCUGCUCGCCGGCAAUGAGACUACUGCCGCUACGAUCUGCUGGGGCGUGAAGCAUCUUGCUGAUAAUUUGGAGGUACAAGAGAAGCUUCGCAAGCAUUUGAGGGAGUAUCACGCUGCGGCAUUUGAGCAAGGGGAGAUUCCUACUUCGCAAGAGAUCGUGGCUGCCAAUAUUCCGUACCUUGAGGCUACCAUCACCGAGAUCCUGCGACUGGCGGGUAGCACUCCGGGUAAUUCGAGGAAGACGACGCAGAAUGUGCAGAUUCUGGGCUAUGAUAUCCCGAAAGGUUAUGAUGUGCUGAUGGUGAGUCAAUCUGACCAGAAUCAUGUCUCUAUGCUGACCCAAAGCCAGCUAUCGAAUGGGGCCGACUACAUCUCCGCACCACUCCCCAUCGACCUCAACCGCCGCAGCAAACGCAGCGUCGAGGCCAACGAUGUCACCGGCAUGUGGGACCCAUCCAACAUCAGCGACUUCAUGCCAGAGAGAUGGCUCGUGGCGGAUGAGAAGGGUGAGGUGUCGUAUGAUGCUAAGGCUGGUCCGUUCCAAGCCUUCGGAGCGGGGCUAAGAGGGUGCUAUGGACGCAAGCUCGCGGAGCUCAACCUGAGGACUUUCUUCACUCUCAUCAUGUGGGAGUACAAGGUUCUGCCUCCGCCAGAUGCGUAUAGGUCUUAUAUUGGACUUGACAAGGCGAUGCAUCAGCCGCAGCAGUGUUAUCUGAGGUUGGAGAAGGCGUCUUGA